UGAUUCCCUUUUUUUCGUUUUUAUUAUAUACAGGUCGGAAAGAGCCUCGCGGCUCGUUGAUAUAAGCAGAGUUGGGUUAUUCUUAUUCCUACUUCUGAUGUUGUUGUUGUCAUUGCUGUCAUUGAUAAGAUGCUUUGAUGCCUGACUUGACCUGACCUGACCUGAUUGCUCAGCUUUUUCAUGAUUGCGUCUCUUUCCUGUUUCUCUCUUUUGGAUCCCGUUUUCGCGAGCCUUCUGUCUCACUACUUACUGUCUACGACUGACUGCCGUUGCUUUUUUGUUUUUGAUUAUUAUUUUUUUUUAACAUUUACAUUCUUAUCACUGUUUUACUGGUUGACUUUGGAGGGUUAUAUGGAUGCAUUGCUUGGGAUUGGAUUGGAUUUGGAAUGGACUUGGACUUGGAUUUUGAUUUGGAUUGGCCUGGUUUUGGUAUGGAUCUGGGCCCGGAAUGGAUGGAUGGAUGGAUCUUGGGAGGAAAGCCUUGUACUAUCUCUGUAUAUACCAUGUUUCAACAUCUAUCAUAUCAUAUUAUAACAUAACAUAGUGUCUGACUGACUAAUUGAUCACUCUGAUCUUGUUCCAUUUCGCUCUCUGUUCAUGCAUGGUAAUCUGACUAUACAGUGA